AAGAUAGAGAAUUCCUCUCUCCGUUUUCCACAGAAGCACAUCCGAGUACAAUCGAAGGAAUACUCGGACAUAGACGGCUCCUGCCCCGCUUUUGCUCUACAUCAGACACCAUUCUACCAAAUCGACACCAGGAGGACACAACAAGCAUAAUGGCUGUGCGUGCGCAGUUUGAGAACUCGAACGAGGUCGGGGUCUUCUCCACUCUUACCAACUCCUACGCUCUGGUUGCCAUUGGCGCCUCAGAGAACUUUUACAGUGUCUUUGAAGCCGAAUUGCAGGAUGUCAUUCCCAUCUGCCACGCAACCAUUGCCGGAACAAGAAUCAUUGGUCGUUUAACAGCUGGUAACCGUAAGGGUCUCCUUGUUCCUACGACAACAACAGACCAAGAACUGCAACACAUUCGAAAUUCCAUUCCCGACAGCGUCAAAAUUCAGCGGAUAGAAGAGCGGCUAUCGGCACUCGGCAACGUUAUUUGCUGCAAUGAUCACGUUGCCCUCGUUCAUCCUGAUAUUGAGCGCGAGACCGAAGAAAUUAUCGCCGAUGUCCUCGGCGUUGAAGUUUUCCGACAGACUAUUGCCGACAAUGUCCUCACGGGCUCAUACAUGGCGCUCAGCAACCAAGGUGGCAUUGUCCACCCCAAAACGUCCAUUCAGGACCAAGACGAAUUGUCUAGUCUGCUUCAAGUGCCCCUCGUUGCGGGAAGUGUGAACCGUGGCUCGCCUGUCGUGGGCGCUGGUAUGGUUGUCAAUGACUGGAUGGCCGUUACAGGUCUCGACACUACUGCUACUGAACUGUCUGUUAUGGAGUCUGUCUUCCGUCUGGGCGAGGGCAUGGGUCCCAGCGCUAUCAACACCAACAACAAGGACGCCAUGGUCGAAUCGUUUUACUAAACAGGAAUCGGCAAGACCGGAAGUGGAAUUGUCCUAUGCCCUUGUGCGCUUCUUUUUGCUCUCGUGUCGUUGCGUGCAACUUUGCUGGUUCGAUGUAUGUGUCGACUUCGAAUGUUUAUAUUUUCCAAAACUUCUGAUUCAUGAGUCGUCAUCAUGAUGGGGUGUUAUAUUACUUUUUUUGGGAACUACCAUUUCAAAUAGAUGACCAAUUAAAUAUUGCAUUUAUUGAUCCGCCAAAAAAAGAACAACUCUGGAAAAUAUGCCUCAAGUACAUAUCAGUACACGGAAUUGGAAAAUGCAG